CCGGGCACACUUGUUUUCUACCCAUCCCAAACGGACUCUGGUAACAGAACAAGAGCUCUAAAGGCGGAGGACGACGGAAGAAUCGACCCUCCUCCUCCUCCUUAUCCUCCCACUGAUAGACUUAGCGACAUGGCCAGCGUCCUUCCGGUUGUGCCUCGCGCUCGGCUUAUCGUUCCAAGUCCGGUUCGUUUCAGGCGAGCUCGGGCGCCGCAGGCCGCUCUCCGCACCCCAUCUCCACCCUCCGCCGCCGUCGACUCGGUCAAGGCCACGAACGCCGAGUUCUUCCAAAGCGAUUCCAGGCCCAUCAUGCUCUUCGAUGGCGUGUGCAAUUUGUGCAACGGAGGAGUCAGGUUCGUGCGCGGCAACGAUCCCAACAGAAGAAUCAGAUACCAGGCGCUGCAGAGCGAAUCCGGCAGGAAACUUCUGCAGAGAUGUGGGAGAUCACCCGACGACAUAUCCAGCGUCGUCUUUGUUGAAAAAGAUAGUUCUUAUAUAAAGUCGGAAGCAGUGCUAAGGAUAAUGGAGCACCUUGACCUGCCGUUCCCUCAGCUGGCUUUCUUCUUGAAGAUCGUUCCUCUGUUUGUGAGGGACUUCGCUUAUGACAAUGUUGCAAACAGUCGUUAUUCGCUAUUUGGUCGGUCUGAGUCAGGAUCAUGCGAGAUAUAGGAGUCUGCUACUCCUGCAAAUACUUGAAAACUGUCCUUUGCCUAAUAGUUAUCGUGGUCGCUUGCAUAACAUCAUGAUCCGCAAUGAGCUGGCAGUUUCCCAACAUUCAUGUGCUACAUCACGUGUUUCUCUCUGGAUGGUAUAUAUAUCGAAAAAUAUGGAGGGUUUUGAGACAUGGUAAUGGUUCCGAAGGAGGAGCAAGUCCAAGAUCGAAGGACCGAGCCAUCUUCCUUGUCCUCCUCAGUUGGGAUGGUAAUAACCUUCAUAAUCUUAAUUGUUUAUUUGCUCAUGUUGGGAUCCAUAUAGAUAUUACCUUAUUCUUAGGUGAUAUCCUUCGCUUUGAUGUUUUCAUAAUCUUAAAAGAUGGUGCUAUCCUUUUCAAGAAUAGGGUUUGCAGUAUUUAGAGCUUAUUUCUGCUCUUUUAGUCUUUGAUGAAUUACCUUCCUUGUUCUGUUGAGAGUUGUUAGGCACAUGAUACUUUAAUAACAAGGUUGUUAUGGUUGAUAGGCUCCAUUUGGUUUUUGAGAUCACUGUAUAGGCUUGUGAUGAACUUUUCCAUAUUUGCUAGAUGUUCUUUAUUUACA